AUGACCUCCGCCCCCGCCUUCACUACCUCCUUCCUCCCCUCCCUGCCCCCCACUUUCCGCACCGGCUGCACCUGCGCCUCCCAAAUGCCCCUACACAUGACCCAAGCCGCCCCAUUUCCGCCCGCAUCCAAGUCGCCAUCCUCCAGGUCCGGUCCCUCGUACACCCGUCGCGCCGUCGUCAGUCUCUUCGGGGCGACGUUCGGUCUAUCUGCCUUCGCCCACAUAGAACGCGCGAUGGCCGCGUCGGACGGCCUCACGCUCUCCCGCACCUCUCUACAAUCAAUACGCGCGCGCGUCGACGACAUCGACCCGCUGAUCGCCGCGGCCAAGUGGGACUCCGUGCGCACCGUCCUCGCUUCCCGCCCAGUCGUCGGCGUCAAGGACGUGUGCAACCAGCUCCUGAACGCUUCGUCACAGGACGCGGGCGGCGCCAUCGUCGGCUUGAGAGAGGACUUGCAGUCCGCCAUACGAUUGUUAGAUACCAGCGUUUAUGCAAACGUGUUCAUUGGCGAGGAUAGACAGAUUCUGGGCACGAAGGUCGACUACGACGUGCCGAAGAUAUAUUUAGGCGACGUUAAGGAUGCCCUGGAUUCGUUGAUCGAUAUUGCAUCCAGUUGAGCGCGGCGUAACCACGCGCAUAGCGGACAGCGGUGAACGCGUUCUUUUCGCCCUCGGGACGUUGCGCGACGUUAUGCGACUGUAUACAUAAACAUUUUUUCAUCCAGUGCUGGACUGUUUAGUCCACGCACCAAG